GGUAUGAAAAUGCGGGCGGGCAGCACGGGCAGAGGCACCGCACUGGAAUCGCGACCCUAGCUCUCAAUCUCAUCUCGUUUCUCUCUCUCUCUCUCUCUCUCUCGUUCUGGCUCUCUUUGGGGACGUUUGAUCUUUGGAGUUGAUCGAAUUGAGGUCUCGUAAGAAGGCGGGGAAGUAUUGGUGGUGAGGUUUGGAUCGGAAGGGGAUUUCAGGAGCAUUGAAGACAUGGAGCAUGAUGAGGCAGGAUGCCAGGCUCCAGAGAGCCCCAUCCCGUGUGUUAAAAACUGUGGAUUUUUUGGCAGUGCUGCGACGAUGAACAUGUGUUCCAAGUGCCACAAGAUCCAUGUGUUGAAACAAGAGCAGGCCAAGCUUGCGGCGGCAUCCAUUGAAACCAUUGUCAAUGAAGGCAAUAAUAGCACCGGAAAAGAGCCAAUUGUCACCUCUGUUGUAGAUGUAGCUGCUAGCUCUGUGGAGAUGAAUACCGUGUCUAUCCAAUCAUUGGAUGCUUCGGUUGUGAGUGAGGCUGUGGAACCGAAGGUGAAGGAAGGCCCUAAACGAUGCAACACUUGUAGGAAGCGGGUUGGACUGACAGGGUUCAAUUGCCGCUGCGGGAAUCUCUUCUGUUCAGUACACCGUUAUUCCGAUAAGCAUAAUUGCCAAUUUGAUUACCGAACAGCAGCAAGGGAUGCAAUAGCCAAGGCAAAUCCUCUCAUCAAGCCGGAAAAGCUGGACAAGAUCUAAAGGCUAUGGUGAGAAUGGUUUCAUGAACUAAGAUUUGAUGAUUAUCUCCCUGCUUAUGUGCUUUAUCAUUGUGUUGGCUGCUCAUCUUAUUAUGUGAUCUUUCUUGCUAUAAAUGGCUCUAGGAGUGUCUCUUAGGGCAUCCUUGCAGCAUCAAGUACUCUUUCUUAUUGAUUGGAAAAGGCUUGUAUGUUGAUCUGAUGUGAAGUCUUUAUCUGUUCUGGUUUGGUGGACACCAACAUGGCUUAUGGUUUGACUACCUUUGUUGGUCUCUUUAGUAGUCAUCAUGUUAAAUUUCUAAUGGUUGUUAGAUUUCGAUAAUGUUGCAAAGCCUUUGUGUUGUGAUUCUAUCCCCUUGGAGUUUUGUUGUAUAAACAGGCAGCACUGGCGUAUACUUCUGAUAUCUAUAGAUGAGCUUGGGGAUUUUAUUUAA